AUGAAGGCUUCAGCACCGUGGACAGCGCUGUGUGUGUGUGUGUGUGUGUGUGUGUCAGUGAAAAGGACAGAACACUCUCCGGGCCGCUUUUCCAAUGCCACCCUGGUCCGUCUCUCCGAGUACUUAAGCGCCGGGUACAAGAAAGGGGUGCGACCCGUCCGCGACUGGCGUCAGACGACCAUGGUGGCCAUCGACCUCAUGGUUUACUCCAUCCUCAGUGUGGACGAGAAGAACCAGGUUCUGACCACCUACAUUUGGUACAGACAGCAAUGGGUAGAUGAAUUCCUCGUUUGGAACCCAGAGGACUUCGAUGACGUGAAACAGGUGUCCAUCCCCACCACCAAUGUUUGGGUUCCAGAUAUACUCAUCAAUGAGUUCGUGGAUGUUGGAAAGUCUCCCGAUAUCCCCUACGUGUACGUGAGGCACAACGGCUUGGUGCGCAACUACAAACCCAUCCAAGUGGUGACUGCUUGCAGUCUGAAUAUCUACAACUUCCCCUUUGACGUCCAGAACUGCAGCCUCACAUUCCAAAGCUGGCUACACAUCAUAAACGACAUUAACAUCACGCUAAUAAGGACCCCAGACGAGGUGAAAUUCGACAAGAGUCUGUUCAUGAACCAGGGCGAAUGGGAGCUUCUGCACAUUCUGUCCAAAUACAAGUCCUUCAGCAUCGAUGAAAAUGACCACUAUGCCGAGAUGAAAUUCCACGUUGUGAUUCGACGAAGGCCUUUGUUCUACACUGUGAACCUCCUGCUGCCCAGCAUAUUCCUCAUGUUGAUGGACAUCGUUGGGUUUUACCUACCCCCGGAUAGCGGAGAGAGAGUGUCCUUCAAGAUUACCCUGCUGCUGGGUUAUUCCGUGUUCCUCAUCAUCGUCUCCGACACGCUUCCUGCGACAGCCAUUGGGACGCCACUCAUAGGCGUGUACUUUGUGGUGUGCAUGGCCCUGCUGGUGAUCAGCCUCACGGAGACAGUGCUCAUCGUACGCCUGGUGCACAAGCAGGAUCUUCAGCCUCCUGUUCCAAACUGGCUGAAGAGGCUUGUGCUGGAGAAGGUGCCGCUGCUGCUCUGCAUCCGGGACAAGCACAAGUUCUGCCCCGUGCUCUCCCGCGGGUCUGACCUGUCCCGUUACACAGAGCACAACAUGAACACAGCCAGGUGCAACCACCGCAACUGUGACAGCACCAAAGACUCAGACCGGGGGCUUGGCCUGGUUCCUCCGUCGAGGGACAGCGCUCCUAUCAUGGACAGCAUCCUGCUGGAGAUCUGCUCCAUCCGCCAGUUCCUGGACAAACGAGACGAGUGCCGCGACAUCGCCAAGGAGUGGCUGCAGGUGGGCUACGUGCUGGAUGUGCUGCUCUUCCGGGUUUACCUGGUGGCCGUGCUGGCCUACAGCAUCACUCUGGGGACCUUAUGGUCCGUCUGGCAGUACGCGUGA